UUUUUUUAACAAUGUAGAAGUCGUUUUAAUGCAUCCAUGCUUAAUGAAAGUAUUAAUUUCUCUUUAAAAAAAUAUUAGAAGUUUUUUUUUUUUAUGUUAUCAUUUUUAAAUAUAUUCUCAUAUUCCCCAAGAUUUACCUUUCACUAUAUUUAAUGCAAAACUAAAUUAGAUGACUGGUUGAAAUCACUCAUUUUAAUUUCAACUCCAAACAAAUGUGAAUUUGCCUCCACAAUUUGAUGAACAUAAGAUCUGGUUUCAUCUUGAGAAUGUGUACAAAUUUCUAAAAAAAUGUCAACAUAAAUGUGCAAUGAGCAUAAAUACAAUUAAAUGGUUUUAAAUGUCAAAUGGAACAUAUCUGAAGAAAAUGUUCAUGUAAUUUGACAUUCUUAGUCUAUAAUUAAAAAACAACUCUGUAUCUUCAUUUGAUAAUUUUUUUAUAUUUUUAUUUACUUGAUUGUUAUUUUGGAGUAAGAGGAAUAUUGCAUUUUCCAUUUGAACUCAUUGAUUUCUUGGGAUCACGAGAUCACCAUCUCAGUGUUCAUUGGGGAAAGCAGACAGCUGGCAUGGACUUUUAUUAAGUCAGAAGAACAGACUGCACUCUGACUGGCUACAGUAUGAUGUUUAAAUGAGACUUUUGGAUCAGUCAUUUGAUUAGAACUGACUGGCAUCAAAGUAAGUUCUUUGCUCUCAAAUGGUUCUAAAUCUGUUUGUUGAGUCAUAGGUCAGUUGUUAUUAUUUGAAUGAUUUAUACUUUUAACCGCAAAUCAAAGGUUCAGUUGUCUUAGUGAGAUGCUUUAUUUGUAGUUGUAUGUUCAGAAUUGUAAAAUAUCUUUGAAUAUACAAAAAUAUUAAGGAACAAUUAGAUUUUUCUAGGCAGUGACACUAAAAUGAUGGUCAUGUAAAUAUUUUAAGCGCAUGGUGAGAUAUCUAGGUUACAUGUAUUGAUUAGACACAAACAGAUGCUGCCAGAGCCUCCCCCAUCCCUCAGCCUCAUUCACUCUGACCUGUACAUAGCAGGACAACAAAGGUAUCUUGAAGUUUUACUUCAUUCCCUAGCAUGUGUCAUAUUUGCCAGUCGUUUCUGUUGUAAUUGUGUGCUGUAUUGUUCUGCAGGGUGUUUACUGGAUAAAAACUGUUGCCAUGGAUCAGGAUAUGGUGAAUAUGUUUGCCAUUGCUGCAGGGACUCUUGCUAUCCCUCUCCUCCUUUUCAUGGCCUCUUUUAUGCUGUGGCCAUCAUCACUCAUCAAAGUCUAUUACUGGUACUGGAGGAGAACUCUGGGUCUGCAGGUACGUUAUGCAGACUGCGGGGGUUAUCGCUUCUGUUACUCAUACAGGGGGAAACCAGGCCUCAGGCCUUCUGUACUCAUGCUGCAUGACUUCUCUGCUCACAAGGACACAUGGCUCCCUAUGGUGAAGUACCUUCCCAAACAUUUGCACUUACUGUGUGUCGACAUGCCGGGGCAUGAGGGUACAACACGUACCAACACAGACGACUAUUCAAUCCAGGGCCAGGUCAAGAGAAUACGGCAGGUAAUCACUGGAUGGUUUGUAGAGGCCAUUCGGCUUAACAGAAAGCCAUUCCAUCUGGUGGGCACUUCGAUGGGUGGGACUGUGGCCGGAGUGUAUGCAGCCUAUCAUCCCUCAGAUCUCUGUGGUUUGACCCUCAUCUGCCCAGCUGGUCUGAAGAACCAAAUCGAGAGCAAGUUUGACAGUCAGAUGCAUGAAGUGGAGCACAGCCAGUACACGCUGAAUAUUCCUCUGAUUCCGUCCACCCCGGAGGAGAUGGAGGAGAUGCUAAAGCUCUGUUCUCACGUGCGCUUCAGAGUGCCUCAACAGAUUCUGCAAGGCCUCGUGGAUGUACGGAUACCACACAAUGACUUUUAUCAUGAAGUUUUUGUGGAGAUUAUGAGUGAAAAAUCUAAAUAUGCCUUGUAUGAGCAUAUACAGCAAAUAACUACCCCUUUACAAGUCAUCUGGGGCAAACAGGACCAGGUGGUGGAUGUGUCUGGGGCAGCGGUGCUCACCGAGGCUCUUCCAGGCUGUCGAGUUGAUCUGCUGGAGAACUGCGGUCAUUCUGUUGUGAUGGAGCGACCACGACAAACAGCCAAACUCAUUUUGGAUUUCAUCAUCUCUCAGCAGAGCACAGAGAGCGCCAGCACCAAAAAGAAAUCCUGAGACAGCUCAGGAUAUAUUACUAAAUACUUAAAUGCAGCACCCCACUGGCCCUGAAGUAUAUAACAAACUUCUGGAGAAAUAAUAUAAGUAAUAAUUUUGUAGUAUGUAUGUUCACAUGCAAAUAGCCUUUUAAUUGAUUAAAGAAAAAGUUCACGCUUAUAAAAAAUUGUAUGGUAGCACUUUACAAUUAGGUUUGAUUUGUUAACGUUAACCUGAGCUAACAAUGAACAAUAUUCUACAGCACUUAAUAAUCUUAAUCUUCAUUUCAACAUACUUUUUAAAUCGAUUGUAAAAUCAUUAUAAAACAAUAAUUGUAUCUAUUGUAUUGUAUUUUUAAUAGCUACCAUUAACAAAGUUUAAUAAAUGAUGUAAAAAAGAUAUUGCACAUUGUUUAUUCAUGUUAAUGGAUUAAUUAAUAUUUACCAAAGAGAUGUUGUUGUAAAGUGCUACCAUAUUGAUGGUAGAGUUGUAAUACUGUUAUGUAUACCGUGGUACUGAUUAUUAUGUACCAAUGCACUUCAUUCUCUUAGUAAAUCUGAGUCCGAUGAUUUUAUAUAGCACUGAGAAUCAUACCUCUUUAAGUUUAAGUCCAGUUAUAUAUAUGUAUGAAGAGUUCAGAUGCAAUUGCCUCUUAAGUGCCAUUUUAAAUUUUCUUCUAAAAUGAGCAUUUUCAUCAUCUUCUGUUGUGUAGGUUCAGUAAUUUCACUUUAAUGGAAAUGAAUAGGUUCUUUUCAUUACCAUUAAGGUGAAGUAAGUUGUAACUGAACAUAAACAUAGGAGCCUGAGAAAAAUAAAAUUUUAGAAGUCACUUAGAGGCUUUUGCAUUUGAACUCUUCAUUAAUUAGGUGGGGGUGAUGAUGGAUUUAAAUAUUAAAAUAAGGAUUAAAACAUUAACAUUGCUUGCACCAUGCAAAGCACAGACACAUAGGCUACAUCGUACAUAACAUUUAUUCAUUAUUUUCCUACAUUAAUCCUGCUGGAAUUGUUGUGGGCUUCUAGCAUCAUUCCUGUCUUUCAGUAGCUACAGCUAUGGUACAUGUCCAAUAAACUAUGAUUCCCCAUGUCCAAAAA